AUGAACGAAGACUUAUCGGCAAGUUCCAAUGCAAACAGUAUCAACACUGAUGCGUUACCCAAUGAAGACAUUAAAUCUACAGAAGAUAAUAGUCUCCUGUAUAGAGAUUAUGAAAGGAUAAAAGAUGAAGAGCCAAAUGUAGGGAACCCUAAUGAACACGACAUAGAAGCUGGUAUACAUUCGUUAGAAUUACCUGAACAUGAUUUCUCAAAACUACUGGAAUUUGAUUCAAAGCAUAAUGAUGCAAUUCUUUCGGCAGCAAAUGAUAUACUGAAUAGCACCGAUAUUGAUAAAAAAGAUACAAUUGAGAGUCAAGAAGAACAUAACGAGACCACUGGAAAUACCGACAAACAUAAUAAGGUACAGUUAAAUACAAAAGAGGGCGAAACAAAUCCUAAUGCAAACGAAAUAACAAGUACUAAUAGCGAAAUAAGUGAUAAAACGAUUAAAAAAGAAGAGGAAAAAUUUUUAUCGACAGAAACCCCAAAUGAAUCAAAGCCCAAUCCAGAUCACUUUAAAAUAAUGAAUUCUCCCCAAUCUAUUAUCUACGAAAAAAAUACUUUGUUCAAUAGACAAAGGAAAAAUUCCUUAACUCCAACAACUUUUAAGAAUCAUGAAUUCCCUGCAUCUUCCACUCGUAUACCGAAUCAAAAUAUCAGCAACGCAUCAACUACAAAUAAUAUAGUUAGUGGCCAUUCAUUAACAAAUUCAAACAUUAGCAACCAAAAUAAAUCUUCAAAUAAUGAUGGAAGCAUGCCAUUAGUCGAAGAACAACCAACAAUAUCAGCAUAUGCUAGGCUAGAUUUUCAGAGUUUUACAUUUUAUGUACAAACUCUACAUGUAAUAAUAGGCAGAAGAUCAGAUAAUGAUUUUUCACAUAAAGUAGACGUUAAUUUAGGUCCUUCAAAAUCAAUCUCGAGGAGACAUGCACAAAUAUUUUACAAUUUUGGAACGGGAAGAUUUGAAUUGUCUGUAAUAGGUAAAAACGGUGCCUUUAUAGAUGAUGUUUUUAUUGAAAGAGGUAAUACUGUACCACUUCGAAACACCACAAAAAUCCAAAUUGGUCAAAUACCAUUCCAAUUCAUAUUGCCUGAGAAAGAUAAAAGUAAUGAGAAAAAUAAUAGCAAAACUAAGAAUGCCGAAUCGGCAACCAAUGUUUCUAAAACAGAUACAACUAAGAAAUCAAAGAAAAAACCAAGCACAGCAAAAACCAAAACUACUGCUGUUGCAAAGGAUACUAAUACAAAAGAAACUGUACCACAGACUACAAAGGAAGAUAAAAAGCCUAUCGCUAGUCCGAAAAAGAAGAAAGCUAAAGCAGCCGCUGCUGAUGAAAAGAAAGCUCCAAAGCCACCAAAGAAGGUUUAUAGUAUUAACGAAAUCCCUGUAGAGUACAGAACUAAACCUUUAUCUUCAUAUUCAUCAUUAUUGACCACUUGUCUUAAAAAAUAUUCCACCCAAAAAGGUAUGUCACUUUCAGAGAUAUAUUCUGGGAUUAAGGAGUUAUUUCCAUAUUACAAGUACUGUCCAGAUGGUUGGCAAAGUUCUGUGAGACAUAACCUGUCACUAAAUAAAUCGUUUAAAAAAAUAUCCAAAGAAGGAAAGGGUUGGUUAUGGGGCCUUGAUGAACAGCAUAUUGCAGAAAGAGAAUUACAAAAGAAAAAACAAGCAGAAAAUGCGGCUGCUAAGGCGCAAGCUAACCAACUGAAAUUGGACCAACAAAAAGGACGUAAGACGACAAGCAGAACAAAAAAGUCUGGUAGCAGUGAUGGAACGGGUAAAGAACAGAAUAUUUCGCAGACACUCGCAGCAAAUAGAUCAACUGUCAAAGAAAAUAAGGUAGACGAUCAUCAAAGAACCAUGAAAUAUUUACAAGAGCAGUUAAUGAUAUUAACCAAAGAUAGAAAAGGCCUUUCAAAGCCAGUCAUAGCUUCGAUAUUAACUCAAGCACUGGCUAUGACAAUAAAUCAAGUAACACAAGCAGCUAAAAAUAAGGGUAUAACGGGUAAUCCAUUAACUGCGUUAAUGGAUAAAAAUCCUCAGCAUCUGAAUUUAAUUUUAGCUGCUGCUGUAAAUGCAGCAACCUCAAAAGUAACUAAUGGUAAGAUAAAACAGCUAGUCAAUUUAUCCUUAUCGGCUGCAAUGGUAUCUGCUCCUGCUCCUAAAGCGAAACAGUCAACGUUAGCAAGUAGCUCGGUUAAGAAAUCAACUGCAGCUAAUAAUAGUAGUGCUACUGAACCGGUAAAAUCUUCUGUAAAAUCAACCCCACCAGUAACUAAGAGUACCAACAGUGGAAGUUCCUUUGAUCCAACAUCAUUAUCACGAUUCUUCCAGCCUAGGCAGCCUGCCCGUGUUACUCCUACCCCUGAACUAAAACGUACUAUACCUAAGAAAAGAGCUUUAUCCACCGCCUCGGAUUCUUCUGGGGAAGAAGGUGAAUCUAGCAGCGAUGACAAUAGUUCGAAUGAAUCUAGUUCCGAAGGGGAGGAUGAUGAAGAGGACGGGGAAAAUACAAACGAAAAUAACAAGUCGGAUAACUCUGGAUCUGAAACGAGCAGCGAUGAAAGUGAGUCUAAUGAUGAAUCAGAUAAUUCUGAUGUUGAGGUUGGUGAUCCUGAAAAGACUACACCAAAAGUAACAGCAAGUAAAGUGGAAUAUCAGAAUAAAAACUCUGGCACAAACGGUAAAGAAGAUACAGCUGCGGAUAAAUUAGAAGCAGAGAAUAGUAAUAAUCCUACAACCGGUGCCGAAACUUCCAUUUCUCACCAGAACACUAAGACGCAGGAUACUGCAGGUGUUACAAAAGUGGGUCCUACUUCCGAUGAUAUAUUAGAUUCAAAGUUGGAAGAUAUCCAUACUUUGGAGAAGACAAAUGUUAGCAUUGUCCCAACUUCUGUCUCGAUUGAAGAUGCAUUAUCGGAAGCAUUAUUGGAAGAUAAUGAUUUGAUUGAGCACAGCGACGAUCUUAACAUCGAUACUUCAGGCAUAACUUCAAUCGCCAAUAACAAUUCGUUAGAAAAAAGUCAUAACAUCGAGGCCAUGGAUGUUGAUGAACUUAACGAUCCUGAGAAUAUCGAAAACCAUAAUAAUUCUUAA